AUGUCUGAUCGGUUGAGCCAUAGAUGGUUACAGCCUGCUGAGCGCCAUGGGGGGGCCUAUGUACACCAUAGCAGACGCCUUGUUCAGAUUAGAGACCAGCUUGCCUCCCCCCAGACUCAGUGCCCUUCACUUAUAGUCUUCCUAGGCAACAGAAAGAAGGAUGUUGCCCUCCGUGCGUUGUUUCCAGACAAUACAUUGUCUCAAAGACAACCGUACAUCCAAUUAGACGUUGACAGUCGCACAACCUUCGCAGACCACCCACUGCUUUUUUCUCAUUGUGAUGCCAAACUUGAAUUUCAUAAGACCGACCGCAUACCCAGAGAAUAUGAGGAGAUACCACUACGCUGGCCACUUAUUGAUCUCCAUCAUGCCUCAGAUAUCAUUCUCUGCCGUGCUAUGUUCAUGUUCACAGACGUAAUCUGUAUAUUCGCUGAUGAUUUGGGUGGUCUGGAUGCUGUUCGGGACCUACUAAUAAGGUGGGCAAUGGUGGGCCAUAAUGCGUCCAGCUUAGAAUACCGACCGCGUGUGUUGGUUGUUAUGGAGACUGAUCAUAACAGCCCUACAUACGAAACUCUAGACGAAAUGGACUUUGACUUUGUGCUCGGACAGAACCUCAAUGUUACUGAGGUUUUCGUAACGCCCACUCUACACCGCUUGCCCGGCCAGGCGCUAUCUGAUAUAGCCCAACAUUGUUCGCUGAAAAAUGACCUACUCAAACUUGCCGAUAUUAGCCGACGAGAUAGGAAAGAGCAGGGAUACCUCUUUUCAGUGAUGCAUAUGGCUUUUUUCUUUCAGACUGCUUUGAAUCAUGUCUGCCGGGCACCCCAAGCACCCUUCGAUUUCGUCAGGGGUGCACGAGCUGGAAUUGAAGUGGGCCAAUCCCACAGAUUUCACCUGCGAGACUUCCUCAUUGUCACUAGAGAUAGAGGAUGGAAUUUGGAAGACCAAGCGUCCCAUAUCGCAUCAACUCUUCUUGUUGAUGCGUAUCCUCCUGGAUCACACUUCUUUAGUCCAGCUGCCGUCUUUGAUACAUUGUAUCGUCACCACUGCCAGGAGGCUCUAAGAUCGGCAGAGCUCUCCUCAUGCUGCCAACCAAUUGAGUAUCACUUUGCCAGCCUCAGAGCCCGCCUUCUACUCGGAAAAGGUCCCCCUCGUCGAAUCCAUGAAGAGGGCCUCGCCCGUCGACGUGGGCUGUUCCGAAUGAUAGCUAGUAGCCACACCUGCUUACUAUGUCUUAGCAAACCCCCCCAGCACCCGUUGCUAUGUGGCCAUGCAUACUGUGAUGUAUGUGCGGCGUGGUACGGUUCUCCAGUGGAAGGGGCGGAGUAUGAGUACUCUGUCCGCCACUGCGCCCUUUGCCAUAAGGCUACUGAUAUCUUGAUCAGAGUGCUACCACCCACAGCGUCGGUUCGAGCGAUCACUAUCGACGGAGGCGGCGUCCGGGCUAUCAUGCCGCUGCGGUUUCUGGGAUAUAUGCAAAAGAUUCUUGGCCCCGGGUGUCUUGUUCAAGACAUGGUCGAUGUAGCGUUUGGGACAAGUGGUGGGGGGAUUGCCGUACUGAAAGCAUUCCGCCAACGCCGACCUAUAAGCGAAUGCCAGCAAACAUUAGCCGAUCUUAUAGUGCGAUUCUUUCAAGGUCAUCCCCCUCUACGAACAACUUGGAAUAAACUUAUCCGAACCAUCCUCUGUUGGUGGAAGGACGGUUGGUAUGACGCAGGCCUAUGGGAUGGGCUAUUGCAAAAGGAAUUUGGUGUGGACCAGGGCAUGUUUGACGUGCAGCCGGUCUCGGGCACUAAAGUUGCUGUGACGGCCGUGGCCGAUCAGCCAGUGCUGCUGAUUAAUUACCGGCGGGUGGUCGACCCCCCGGGACAACGUUGCGUGGACCAUGAGAUGCAAACCACUGGGGUUGCGUCAUUGGCCCACUCGGGUGGUUACUAUCGGGUCUACACAGCACCAGACCCGGAACAUGAGCCUCAGUUAUGGAAAUGCUGUGCGGACGGCGGCCUCAAGCACAACAAUCCAGCUUUGAUCUGUCGGGCUGAGACGCCAUUCAUGUGGGAGUCAAACCCAGUGCCUGGUACCUUGAUUUCAUUGGGCACCGGUAAGGCCGGCAGACCGCGCCGCCAACGGUGGCGCCGCGGGUUUGCUUUCCGCCUUUAUGACUCGUUCUUAGCGUCAAUGGACGCGGAACAAGCGUGGGAAGAUCUCCUUGGCCAGGUGGACCCCGCGAACAGGCGCAAUUACCACCGUCUCAAUGUUACCUUUCCUGAUCAGGAGCCUCUCCUGAACGCAGCCGCUCAGGUGGAAUGGAUGACGGAAUUAGCUGAUAAAACUGCUGAAAGGCAAGUGCCUGGAGCGUUAACCUCUUUGCUUCUUGCUAGCUUUUUCUUCGAACUCUCCUCCCCUCCUUGCUACAAUGAUGGUAUCUAUCAGUGUUGCGGAGCCAUCCGAGGUCGGCUACGGGGAAAAUAUUUGGUCCAGGCACUGCGCCGACUCCAUCCACAAGCCUCAACUUUUGUCCUCGGGACGUCCCGGCUGGGUGUCUCGCCUUUUGAGGAUGCAGUUUGCUGCGACUGCGCCAGAUAUUGUGUGCCUGUCAAAUUCGAAGUUGAUGGGCUAGACAGUAAUAUUAUGUUGGCCCUUGAGCUUCACCCGCAUCAAUUACAACCGUUAGGUGGUUUCCCCUUGUCCCUGCGCCAUCUAGUCGAUCGGCUUAGGAUCAAUAUGAUUGGUUGCCCUGGAUUACCGAAGCUGCCGGCACGCACAGAAUGCAAAUCAUGCGAACUCCGGAUUCGCAGGAAGGCUAGGCCAGAUUUUGAGAACUCUAGCUACAGAAAGCGCGUCCGUUUCAUCUAA